UCAGCGCAUGCGCAAUUCAUCCCCAGCCUGCCUCCGUAAGGGUGUCGAUUCUCAAGCUGGAACAUUGGAGGAAAAAAAAAGAUACUGUAUUUUACACACAAAACAGGCAAAAACAAACGGAUGUGCUUCAGAAAACGAAACGGCUACCGCCCUCCAGAUCAUUUUAAUGCCAAAAUUAGGAACGAAAGUCAUACAGGUUUGGAACAACAUGAGGGAGAGGUCCGCGGCCAGCGGGGGGAUGACAUGCAUGUGUCCAGGCAUUUAACAUCAUUGAGGAUUUUAAGACUAGUAGGCUGCCCUCCGCCAAGCCAUGAUGGACAUUCUGUACACAGGCCCUGUCCCGGCAGACCGCGAGUCUCCGAUGACGCGGAGCGAGACGUCCCCCAGCCGCGCCCAGCAUCCCUCCCCCACACAGAAACCCAACACCUGCUGCUUCUGCUGGUGCUGCUGCUGUAGCUGCUCAUGUCUCACUGUUAGGAGUGAAGAUGACAAGCGUGGGCGGAGGAAAGCCCAGGAGACAAAGCUGGAGCCCUUUCCAUGUGAAACUUGCCCCAAACCGACGAUGGAGGAGAUUAAACAGUGGGCGCAGUCUUUCGAUAAGCUGAUGAAGAACCCGGCAGGGCGGAACAAGUUCCGUGAGUUCCUGCGAACAGAGUACAGCGAGGAGAACAUGCUCUUCUGGCUGGCCUGCGAAGACCUGAAGAAGGAGAUCAACAAGAGUGCCAUCGAGGAGAAGACGCGAUUGAUCUAUGAAGAUUACAUCUCGAUCCUCUCGCCCAAAGAGGUAAGUCUGGACUCUCGCGUCAGGGAAGUGAUCAACAGGAGGAUGCAGGAUCCCACCCCUCACAUAUUUGAGGAUGCACAGCUGCAGAUCUACACCCUCAUGCACAGAGACUCCUACCCACGAUUCCUCAACUCCUCCGUCUACAGAUCACUGGUGCAGGGAGGGUCGCGCUCCUCGUCUGAGUCAUAGAACCCUGACCCCCUCCUCUUUCUCUCAUUCUCUCCAUCCGAUUUCUCCCCAUUUCUCUCCAUCUCACUCAUUGCACAACCACUCGAGGAGAAAGUACUCCUUUUUUUGUGUCGUCACGAAUGGAUUAUCGUUUUUGUUUUUGCUUAGUCCAUGUUCCUCUCUCAUUUUUGAGGGAAUCCCUCAUUUCUUCUGAACCUGCACAGACUGAAACUGGAAGACACAGGGUUGAAAAUGCAGUUUUCAUUUGUCCAAUCCUUUUUUUUUUUGCCCUCGUUCCAGCAUCAACUACUGAUUUUCACAGCCAUUUUUUUUUCACGCAAACAUGCUUCGCUACUUGUAUUUUCUGACGUCUCUAGUUGAAGAGAGCUGAGAGGGCCUCUGCAAUAACAUACACUGGAGUGGCCUGACCAGUCUGAUCCUCUCUCCUCACCCCGACCUGUCCACUGUCUGUGCUCUGAUUGGCUCUUUGAGGCGAGAAGAUUGGUGGCAUUGUAAAAGAGAGGGACAGCACUUUUUUCCAGGUGCUAAACAAAUAGGUACAAAAAUAUCCACACACUAUUUUGAAUGCAAAUCAAUUCUCAGGCCCAGGCGGAAUCUGCGGACCUUUCCGGAUUUUCUGCACUGAUUUUAAGGGAAAAUCUGCGGAAUGAAUUUAAAUAUGGUAAAAAAAAUAAAAAUAAAAUAAAAUUGGGGUGCAUAGUAUUUUGUAAAUGUUAUGUUUUAGAUUUCUGUGUAUACAGAUUUCGUUUGGGCCUGUUGAUUCCAAACAACAGAUAUCAACAACAUAGGAGAGAGAGAAGGACCAACAAUUUUAGAGAUAUUAAAUAAAACAAACAUGAGAGAGUUGAGAGAAUGCCAUGGUCUUAAUUAGACUGGUCACUCACAUUUUAAAAAUUAGUUUUGUAAUGUUAUUUAUUUUAUAUUUUGUUAAACUGUGACCUGAUUUGUUUUUCUUGUACAAAAAUUAAAGAAAAUCUGAAACAUAUGCGGCAUACCGAGCAAACUGUUAGUCCUGAGUGCUCAAUUGCGCUGUAUCUCUCUCUCUCUCUCUCUGUCCUCGCUGUGUUUGAGCGCAUGAAUGUUUCUGAGGUUGUAUGGUGUGAAAAUCACAAGUCUCUCUGGCGCCUCCUGUAGGCAGUUUCAGGUACUGCAGUUCUGCAAGCCGUUUCGCUUCAGUUCUGCGAGCUGUUUCUCAAUGUUCCUGCCUUUUCUUCAGUCAGAAAGGCAAAAGCAAAUGCUCUUAGUCAACAUAAAAUCAAAAAUAACUUUAUUUAACUACUUUGAUCAGUGCACGUCAGUCUUUGUAAACUUCUAAAAGCCUCUGAAACAACUUUCUAAAAUUGCCUAAAAUUAUGGCAAAAUUAAAUGUAGUAAUUUAAUCCCCAAUUUAUGUUGUUGUACUAAAAGUUGCAGCAAUAAUAGCGAAUAACGACACAUUUGAAUUUAAGCGUUACCAUUGAAAAUCAUUUUAACAUCUUGCUUUUUGCCUUAUCACGUCAUCACAGUGUUUUUCUGUCUGUUUUUCACACAAUGUACGUAAGGAGAAUAUCUCUUAUUUGUCAAGAUUGUUUGUCAGAAUAAGUAUUUUAUAGUAUUGUACAGGUACCUUUUAAAAAAAGACGCCAUUAGCUGCUGUAAAAUCCAUUUUAAAGUCCUCUCGAGCACACAUUGAUUUCACUGGUCCAGUACACUUCAUUUAUUCACAUAGUGUUACGUCUGCACUCGUGCUAAAACUCAUUUCCUUUACAGAUGCCUUCAAGAGCCUCUGAACCCACUUGAUAUUAAAAAAAUAGUAGGAAUAACGGAGAGUAACCGGUUUGAUUGAUGUUAACACUGUGAGCUGUGAUACCACUCCAUAUUUAUGGAUCACUAAAUAUUUCAUAAUGUGAAUCUGAAGCCAACCAGUACUGUGUGAGUGGGUCCACAAUAAUAAAGUUUUGUUAUAGAGUUAAUUUUUUUAUAUCAGCACUGAUCUGGAAAUCUGGUGUUCAUAUUUCCCCUAAACAUUCUCCUUCCUUAAGCAGUUCUUUUGGUUUGAGCAAAGAAGUCUUAAUAUCAGAUCUUUCAUUUCACAUUGAAAUGAGGUAAAUCAUCCACAUCCGCCUGGUACUUCCUGGUACUUUCAGGAUUUGGUUCUUUGUAAAUAUAUACGUAUAGCAAAUAAAUGUAUAUUGAAUUAAGGACUCUAAUGAUGAGAUUUCAAGAGUCGUGUGUCAAUUUAGAGGAACUUCAUGUACUGUAGUACCAAAAAAAAACAAAAAAACAUUUGAUGCCUUUAUUUUUUUUUCCCCCCAUCAGUUGUGCAUGAAGAUGUACAUUUUGGAAUAUGUGUGUAAAAUAUGUGUGUAUAUGGUUAUAUAUGUACAUGAACAUAUAUUUAGUAUUGCUCUUAUUGUCCGACAUGAUGUGACCAGUCUAACUUAAGCCAGAUAGAGUGAGUGAGUGUGUGUGUGUGUGUGUGUGUGUGUGUGUGUGCAUGUGUGAGUGUUAAAAGUUAAGUGAACUUUCUUAAGACAAUAGGAGAGAGAUGUCAAUGUCAUUGCGGCCUUUGACAGCAAACACUCAAUUACACAGGGAUAUGCACAGUUACUCAAAGCUCUUUAAAGACACGGUCAAUGAGGGAAGCUUGCUGGUGGACCUCUUAACAUUUCACAUCACUUGCACUUUGCGUUCACACUGAAAGCGAUUUAGAGGUCACUGUAAUGUACUGUAUCAGCUGAUCAAAUGAGCACCUCUGUUCACUCCUAUUGGUUGGUCCUGUUUAUUUGCAUAAUGUUAAACUGUCACUCACAUCAACUCAAAUUGCUAAAUAACAUUGAAUGUUACUUCAGAUUGCUUUGCAAAUCGCUGUCAGCGUGAACACUUUGUAACCAAUGUGAUUCAACAGAUUUAAAUGUUCCCAAAACUGAUAAGCUGAUGAAUUUCAUAUUAUGGCUGCUAUUAAAAUUCUAUACUAUUUUGUCUAAAUAAAUUUUAAAAAUAAACACUAAAAUCAAUUGGUUAAAUGCUACAAUUGAAUUUAGGCAUCACAACAUUAUAAUGUACAGUAUGAAAAAUGGAUAUUCAUUUAUGUAUAUUUGAUCAUUUAGUGCCAAAGAUUCCAUUAAUCAGUGAUAUUAAAUUAUUAGUAUUUUUAAAGAUUAAUCUACAGACAAAUAGACAUAAAUUUAAGAUUUAUGUAAUAGAAUUGCAUCUAAAAAAUUUAUCUAUUUGGAUAUUUAAUUGGGUUUUAAAAAAUCAACUUAAUGUGAUACAUAUUUGUUAGUUAUACAUAAAUGAAACAGGAAAAAUUUCUGCACUCAAAAACUCAUUUCAUAAUUUAUUGCAUCUAUUUGACUUUAUUUAAUUAAUAACAUUUUCAAAAUGCAGUUAUUCAAAUGGCUUAGAAUCUGCAUAAUCUGUUAAUUGUGAAAUAUGAACAUGGUUCAUUCAAAUGUAUCAGAUUGAAACAAACUGGAUUUAUUGAUCUGUAAAUCUGGUUAUUGCGUAUUUAAAGCACAUUGAGUUUAUUAGUACUAUUAGAGAAGUCUUACCUGUUUAAUUUAUGACUGACAAAUAUCACAUUAAAGGGAUAGUUCACCCAAUAAUGAAAAUUUUGCCAUCACUUACGCAGCCUCAAGUUGUUCCAAACCAGCAUUGAACACAAAAGAAGAAUGUUGGUAACCAGACAGUUGACGGUAGCCACUGAUUUCCAUAGUAGGAAAAAAAAAUACUAUGGAAGUCAAUGGCUUCCAUCAAUAACCAAUAUGGUACCAAUAUAUCAUGCAUAUAGAAAGAACACAAAAUGAAUGCAUCGCAACACGUGCUUUGUUAUAAGAGUGUUUGAAUUUGUUGUAUCACUCACUAGCAACUGUCCUCUUUCAACAGCUGCACAGAACAGACAGACUUUCACAAACUUGUAUUUGAGACAGGGACUGUGACCUAGAGCUGCUUAUGUUUACAUACAUUUCUUUAAGGUGCCAAAAUUAAUCUAGCCUUCUAACAGUCUCAAACAAAGGACAUUUGCGCGGAGGAGUGAGUCUGUCAGUAAGUGAUGUGUUUCCAUCAUAUGCAUUAUGUCAUCAUCAAAUGGUCUUGCCGGUCUUUGUUUCAAUAUGUUUUGGUUUUUUUGUCACCUCACAUGCUAGCCUCAAGGUCUCGCCAUCUCAUUGGCCUUCCCUCACUCUUUCUUAUGUUCUCUCCGGUCACUCUGUGAGAUUUGCAGUGCCAUGACAUACAGCAGUGAGAUCGGUCCCUGACUCAUGGACUUCUAUGGACACUUAUUUAUUGACAUUAGCAUUAUAUUUUGUAUUAAAAUAAAUCAAGUUAUGUUUUAAAGAGUAUGUUUAUGGAUUUCUGGACCAAUUUUUUUUUUUUUUUCUUUUUUUCCCCAAAGUCUGUGACCAUUACUGUGUAACCUCCCCUCGCCCUUGGGUGCCAUAGCAGGACGCCCUCUUCAGGUUGUGGUUGGGGCCGACUUGAGGUCCCUUUUAAUCCAGGCCAGCUCAUUGCCGGAGAUGAAUUAAUCAAGAACCCGUCUGUAAUAUUCCAUAACCUCUGACUUGGUUGCAGAUUUUUUUGAAUGUUUUUUAAAGAGAAGAUAUGACUAUAAUGAUAAUAAUAAAGAUGUUUGUGUUAUUAUUCA